AUGGAGGGUUCGGGACAGUCCGCGGGGGGGGGGGGGGGGUUCGGGGUUUUUUUGGGGGGUGCUGGGUGGGGGUUCCGCACCCCGCUGACCCCCCCCCCGUGUCCUCCCCCCCCCCCAGAUGUGGGGGGCAAGGUGAUCCACCUGGUGGAGCGAGCCCCCCCCCAGGCGCAGUCGCCGUCCUCGGGGGGGCCCUCGGGGCUGGGCUCCUCCCCCCCCCCCCCAGAACGGGGGGGCCCGCGGGGGGGCCCCGACAGGAACGCCAACAGCUACGUCAUGGUGGGAACCUUCAACCUGCCGAUCGACGGCUCCUCUGUCGACGUCCACAUCAACAUGGACCAGGGCCCCGGCCAGAGCGAGCCCCGGAUGCGGCUGUUGGUGGCCCAGCACAUGCUGAGGGACAUCCAGGGGGUGCUGGCACAGCUGGAGGGCAAUGGGGGGGGGGUCCCGUCCCCUGCCCAGGCCGAGGGGCCCCCCCCGGCCCCCCCGGAGACCCCCGGGCCCCCCCCCGAGGAGCAGAUGGAGGCGUCGGCGCCCGCGGAGCCCCCGGAGCCCCCCGAGCCCGGCCCGGGCCCCGAGGCCGCCAGCCCCCCGACGCCGGCGGAGCUGGGGGAGGUGCUGGGGGAGCUGCGGCGCCUGGAGACGCGGCUGGAGCCCUAUCGGCAGCGCUAUCGCGAUAUCUUGGGGUCCGCCGCAACAGCCGACUACAACAACAAUAGCGAGGGCCGGGAGGAGGCGCAGCGGCUGCUGAACCUGGUGGGGGAGGGGCAGCGGCUGCUGGGCAAUGCCCUGGUGGCCCUGUCCGAGCUGCGCUGCAACCUGGGGGGGGCCCCGCCCCGCCCCCUGCACCUCGCCCGGCCCCUCCCCCACUACGGGCCCCCCAUGCUGGUGCAGCAGGCGACCAUCCCCCCCCAGAUCAACGUGGGCACCACGGUGACGAUGGCCGGGAACGGCAGCCCCGCGCCCCCCGGCCCGGCCGAGCUGCCCCCCGGCCCCUCCCCCCCCACGCCCCCCACCCCCGGGGACCCCCCCGAGACACCGCCGCCCCCCCCGGGCCCUCCCCCCGGGGCGCAGCCGGGGCCCCCCCGCGUGAUCCGGAUCUCGCACCAGAGCGUGGAGCCCGUGGUGAUGAUGCACAUGAACAUCCAGGAUUCGGGCUCUCCCCCCGCGGGGGGCUCAGCUGGGCCCCCCGGCCCCGGGCUGGGCAUCGGCGGGGUGGGGGUCCAGCUGCCCCCGCUGCCCCCCGAGUUCCUGCAGGCCGUGGCCCAUCAGAUCACCCAGCAGGCCAUGGCGGCCGCGGCCUCUGCGGCCACAGGCCAGGCCGUGGGCGGGUUCCAGGCCCCCACCCGUGUGGUCAUCGCCCGGCCGUCAGCGCCGCCCCCGCGCCCCACCCACCCCGGAGCCCCCCAGGCCGGCGCCGGCCCCGCCCCUGGGGGGGCGUCGCUGGCGCAGGUGAUCAGCGGCCUGGUGGGGCAGCUCCUGAUGCAGCCGCUGGUGCUGGCCCAGGGUGGUUCCUCAGCCCCCCCUGCGCCUCCCACCCCCAACUCCGCCCCCCCCUCAGGCCAAGCCCCGCCCCCGCCUGGCCCCGCCCCCUCGGCCGAGGCCCCGCCCACCUCCGACCUGUCCCCUUCCCCCACCUCUGCCGCCCCUCCCCCCUCCCCACCGCCCCCUCCCCCACCUCCGCCCCCCGAGGGCGGCCCCGCCCCCCCCGCAGGCCCCGCCCCCGCCGACGGCGGCCCCGCCCCUCCCCCUCCCGGGGAGCCGCUGCCCCCCGAGUUCUUCACCAGCGUCCUGCAGGGCGUGCUCAGCUCCAUGCUCGGCCCCCUGGGCGCCCCCCCCAGCGGCCCCCCCGAGAGCAUCGCCGCCUUCCUGAGCCGCCUCAGCGGCACCCCCGGCCUGCUCGAGGGCUCCCCGGGGCCCGACGGGUUUUUCGGGGCGCUGCUGGCGCUCAUCUGCCAGCACCUGUCCAUGGUGGACGUGGUGCUGCUGCUGCACGGGCGCUGCCAGCCCCUGGCCCGGCUGCAGCCGCUGCUGCGCCGCUGCUUCCGCCAGCGCUACCUGGGCGGCCGCGACCCCACCGAGGCCAACGUGCGGGCAGCGACGCACAACCUGAUCAUGGGGCUGGAGGGGUUCAUCCGCGAGAGCUUCGCCGGUGUCCGAGUGGCCGACGGGGUGGACAUCACCCGGACCAACGUGGAGUUCCUGCGGGAGCAGUUCAACCGCAUCGCGCUGCACGUGCUGCGCUGCACCGACGGCUCCUUCGGGCCGCGGCUGCUGGAGCUCUGCAACCGGGGCCUGUUCGAGUGCCUGGCGCUGAACCUGCACUGCCUGCGGGGCGAGCGGGGGGCCCUGGGGGCCCUCAUCAGCGACCGCAUCCGCCGCCUGUCCGCGGACGUGCCGCCGUCGCUGGUGGGGUGGCUGACGGCUGUGGUGGGGCUGCGGCUGCAGGCGGUGCUCGAGCAGAUGCCGGUGACCCCCGAGCAGGUGCUGCCCUAUGUGCGGCACCUGGGGGAGCCCCCGGAGCCCCCGCCCCGCCAGCCGCUGCCCGAGGAGCCAAUGGAGGUGCAGGAGGCGGAGCCGCCCCCGGACGACGCCCAGUGGGACGGCGCGGGGUCCCCCGCCCCCGCCACCACGGCCGAGGAGGCCCUGCCCCCCCCCGAGAGCGACAGCGAGGCCUGGGCGGCCGCCGUGCCCCCGGAGUGGGUCCCCAUCAUCCGCGAGGACGCCCAGCGCCAGCGCAAGGCGAAGCCGCAGCCCCCGCUCAGCGACGCCUACCUGAGCGGGAUGCCGGCCAAGCGCCGCAAGACGAUGCAGGCCGAGCCGCCCCCGCUGCUGCUGGCCGAGGCCGUGUCCAGAGCCGCCCGCGCCACCGGCGCCCGGAGCCUUGGGAGCCCCGAGAGCCUCAGCCGGGAGCUGAGCGGGGGGCUGCAGGAGGGGUACAGGCAGCAGCUCCAGGCGGACCUGCAGCGCCGGCUGCGCGAGGACCCCGACUUCAGCCCCCGGCGCUUCCCCAGCGCCCACCGCGCCUUCGGGAGCCCCUCCCCCCGCGCGAGCCCCCCCGCGAGCCCCCCCAAUAAACGCGGCCCCGCCCCUCGCCACGCCCACCACGGGAUGUUGCUGCACCUUUAUUCCUCUGCCGGGGCCGUUUGGUUUCAUUUUGUGUUUUUUAUCGUUUUCAACGUUUCUUUACCAAAGGAGGGGGAGGGGCCGCGCCCCACGCAAGGAGAGGGGGAGGGGGAAUUACGUCCGGCCACUCCCCCACCCGCAUAA